GGUAAUAGAAGGGAAAUGACCAUUGUGUGGUUUUUUGCAGGGAAGCUCAGUCGUUUUCCUCCGAGGAUGCAUUCCCACGCCACUCCCGACGGCCGAGCUGUCCCUCAUUUUCCGAGGUCUCACCUUACUGAAGCAGUGGCCAAAGCCAAGGCAGGUGGAGGUGGUAGUGGAAGCACUGGUGGCAGUGGAAGAGGUCUCGUGGGACAGAUUAUCCCUAUAUAUGGAUUUGGCAUCUUCUUAUAUAUUCUGUACAUUUUAUUUAAGCUGGCUUCCAAGGGAAGAACUACUCCUGCAGAGCGGAAAUGCCCCACUGCUACCCCUGGGAACAUGAAGAGGAAAAUCACUGACUAUGAGCUCACUCAGCUCCAGGAAAGACUGAGAGAGACAGAAGAAGCGAUGGAAAAAUUAAUCAACAGAGUAGGACCUAUGUAUGACAGCAGGACUCAAAAUGUUACAACAGACCAGGAGAAAAUGUUACUUCAACAACUCCGAGAAAUUACUAGAGUUAUGAAAGAAGGAAAAUUCAUAGAUGACAUCUCCCCUGAGAAGGAAGCUGAGGAAGCUCCUUACAUGGCAGAUUGGGAAGGUUAUCCAGAAGAGACCUAUCCUGUCUAUGAUAAUUGCUUCAAGCGCAAGCAGGACACAAUCCUUGUAGAUUACCCUGACCUGAGCCAGCCCUCUCCAGAAGAGCUGGCAGAAAGAAUGGAGGGCAUGGAAGAUGAGGAGUAUCCUUAUGAUGAAACCCUGCUAAGUGAUCUCACCAUGGGAAUGGGUGGUCAGGAUUUAAUGCAGAAAAAGGAUGAUGUAACUCUCAUCAGAGAGGAGGAGAGUGACCUUCCUCCCAGCCAGAGCACUGAGGAGUGCUGCUGUUGCUGUGAUGAUGAUGAUCCUGCUGUCAUAGCAGAGAAUGCUGGAUUCCACUCUGAGACCUGCAGUGAAGUAGAAGAGACAAGCCAAGAGGACCUCUCUGUGGAGUCAGAAAAUGAAAAUGCAGCACUGGAAAAGCAAAAAGUCUGUGAUUCAGAGGAGACAGGCACGCUGAGAAAGCGCAACACCAAAGUGCUUGAUUGAUAGGGACAACAGUGGAUGCCAUCUGGAUGGCAAAGGUAGAGGUCAUAAAGUGUCAUCCAUGUGGAUUUUGUUCCCAGUGAGGAUUUCUCUGUGUUCAUCUCCUUGUACCUAUUGCAUUCUUGUGGUACCAGUCACAUCAUCUACCUGAACUGGAAGCCAAUGCCCUCUUUCAUGCACUUGUCAUGGGUUACCAUGAUGCUGCCAACAGUGCUUUGUCCUUGAUUUUUGAAGCCUUGUAUUUUGGAGCAGAUAUUUGUGACUUGUUCCUCUUCAAUUCUGAAGGUUUUGUCCUUGGUUUUGCCCUUUGUCAUCCCAGAGUUGACCAAAUGUCUCUUCUGACUUUUUCAAAACCAUCUGUGUGCUACCAGUUAGGAGGGUUAACCAAAUCCUUAUAAUUACAUGAGUUUACUGGGAUGCUGAAGGACAAAAUAUGCCUUUUUUCUCUUAGCUCAGUGUUAACUGGUCAGCAGAGCCAACUGUAGUCACACACGUGACUCUCUCAGCUCUGUCAUUGCUCUCUAUGCUUCAGGAACUGCUGUCACUACAAUCCAAAAAAGGUCCUCUGCUACCCCACAGCCCUUUUCCCAGUUGUUCUGUGUUGUUGGAACGGUAGCCUAAUCCAUGUUGUGUUACUUGUGUGAGCAAGACUGAAGCUCUGUGAGUUGUGCUUUAACUUUGCCUUAGCCGUGGUGAAACAAUGAUUGCAGGAACCACAAUGUGUAAGAGCACUAAAAAUAUCCCUAGAGAUCAAAACCAAAAAAGCAGUGUUAAGGUUUGUCUGUAAAGGAGAGAGCAGCAUCAGGGGGACCCUCAGACUGAAGGUAGCAGUUAGGCUUUUCCUUCUUCCUGGAAACCUGAGGGGUUUUGUGUCCUUGGAAUGUUGUUGCCAGGGCCAUGUUGAGGCAACCCCAGGUAUGAGAUGAGGAAAGUGCUGGAGCCAAGGGCUCCUGAGGGGAGGUGGCAGGUGGUCCCUGUGCCCCAGGGACAGCCUUUCUUGUACAAGCAGCAUGACAUGUGGGACGCACUUCUGGAAAGGGUCCCUCAGCUUCCAUGACCCUCCUGCUUCUCCUGGGAGCUUUUCAGGCCACCAUAACCCGAUGUAUUGGGCCACACUCGUGGCCCAGUCACAGUGGCUGUUUGUGAUGUCAGCAGUCCCCUGAGUGCUCUGGCACUAUAGAAGCAGGGCCCUCUGCAGCUGCCCCCUGUCCACCCAGCUCUGAGGCCCUUGAUGAAUGUCUGGAAGGAAGAAAAGUCAGAGCAGGGAGGCAGAUGGCAGCCCGCCUUUGUAGGGACCAGCAGCAGGGCCCCUCCCAGUGAUGGCUGAAGAGGAAGGCAUGUGCCAGGAGGAGGCUGUGGAAGAGGAGGAACAAAAUCACACCUCUGCCAUGAGCGCCACCACCCUCAGUUCCCUGAUCAUGGCCAUGCAGAGCUUGGCUCUGUGCCCACCAGGGAAUGGCAAGCAGCCCAGGGACAUGGGCGUGCCAGGGAGCCAGCAGAGCAGUGAGCCUUUGAGUGGGACAGCACACAGACACGUCCGGCAGUGGCCAAGGAAGGAGUCGCUUUCCCGGGGCCUGAAGAAUGGCUGUCGACAGUGCAGGAGGAGGGAAAGGAGGAGAAGGAGGAGCAUCAGCCCUUGCUCCAGGAGAUCCAUUGUCAACACGCGAGGGAUGACACCCAGCGCGCGCCUCCAGGAAUUCUGGCGGCUCAAAAUCCGCACCGGCCUGACUGAAAAAUAAGCAACAAGGAUGAAAAUGCUGUCACAUCCUCCUUAUUUGGUACUUUGGCAACAGCACCUGUGCUCCCGUGACCCCUUAAGUAGGAGGUGCUUUUUACAAACUUUCCGGUUCUAUGCCUGCAUCCUGCCUUGCUGGUGCCACCUUACAUCCUGGGGUCUUUUAGGCUAUAACAUCAACAAUUUGAGACUAGUUUUUUUUUAAACAGAGUAAAGUUAUCAUAAAGAAAGCACA